AUGAGCGUCGAAGGCCGCCUCCGCUCUCUCGACCUCAGGUACGAGCGUGCAUUCAAGACCACCUCGGCGUUGCAAGCUCGCGUCGAUGCGCUCGAGAAAGCGAGCACCGCAGCGCAGCGCCUGACGGACGCCAAGAUUCGCGCUCUCCAGAAAGAGGCGGCGCUCGUACAUGCCCCCGUCGAUGCAGCGGCACGCGCUCGCCGCGCUCGAGUCAUCGUCGGCACGCUGAGCGGACGAAACCUGUGGGCGGCAGAGACAACGGAGGUACGCACCGCCGCCGCUGGCAUUCUCGAAGCGCUCGGAGCGCCAGAGCAGGCGGGUACGGCGCUUGCGACGAGUGCACUGCACCAGCUUCAAGUGUCAGGCAUGCACGUCGAAAGGCUAGAGCGGGCCGUGCGCUCGUGCCUCACCGACCUCGAUGUAGAAUCUCCUUCAGCUCUCUCCGACGUCGUCAUCAAGGAUGCCCAGACGCUGCUCGAGUGGGAACUCGCGACGCUUCUCCGCCGUCCCGGAGCAGAACAAGGACGGGCUGUGGCUGGAACUGACGUGCUGCUCGCCUGCACUGCAUUGGCACCCUGGAACGCGGACACGAUCGAUGCCAAGAAGGAGCUGGAUGACAUCGCCGCACUCCUCCCUCCGGAACAGCAGGCUGAGGCGGGUCGCCGAGCAGUGCAUAACCCCGCUCAGCCUCCACCGCUGUACCAGCCAUAG